AAUUGAUGGAAAAACAAUGUUACAGAAUUAUUUUUUGCACUUUUCUCCAAAGUCACAAACUGUUUAGGAUAAAUAAUAACCUCCUCUACAAGACUCAAUGUGUCUUGUCCCAGUUGUUGUGAUUUUGUAUUAUUUUUAUAAAUUCAUGAACCAUUUGCAACAGAAACGUCGUCAAAUUUGAUUUUCUUGAAACCCCCGGAUAAAUAGGGCGUGACGAAAACCCAGCACUUCCUGUUGGCAAAUAAUACGGGCUUUCCACAGAUUUGGUUCUUUUGUUUUCGAAUAUACUUCCUCUCUCGAAAUUGGAUAGGGUUAAAGGUUGUUGACAAGUCUGCAAAAGUCACACUACCUUCGCAAGACAAGAGGUCUUCCUCGUACUCCAAGAUCUGAUUAUCGACUGGCCUAAUUUGGUGCUGGAAUAACAACACAAAGAAUGAAGAAUUAACUGAAUAAAUACAGCCCUAUUAGCUGUGACGAGAACGAGGACAAUCAAAUUAUAUUCAAGUCUCUAAACAGAAAGAGCUCGUUAUCGACAUUAUUUCGACAGCGAGAAACCGGUUUCGUAUUUACGAUAAAGUACGGGAUACUGGUCGAAAGUAAGGAAAUUCUACUUGAACAUAGGUUACCCAUUGCAGCGGAAGUCCAUGUAUAACGCAUGGAUAAUUGGAACAAUGUGAGUACACGUUAUGUAUUUAGUGGUAUCAAAUUUGCAGCUACUGUGUACAAACAUGGAAGAGAUCUGCAUCGAAGGACGGCAGUGAAAGCAACAAUCCAAGCAUUAGCGACGUUAAUACCUCGAUGAAUCCUGUAAGUGUUAUGUUUAAUAACUGGUAUGUUCCUACGUUUAAGAAUACAUGUUUUAGCUUUGUUGCUGAUUAAGGCUUGAAGGAAACAUUGUUGUUGGAGGGAGCGACCGUUGUUGGCAACUGAUCCUGGAUAUCAUAGAUGGAUCAGCAACAGACGACGGUUAAUAUGCGAUCUACAUCUUUUCUGCCGCAAAUAAAACAGGUAUUUACUGUUUAUCAAAAUGACAGACUGAUGCAGUCUCUGUCACUGGACAGUCAAUCACACCAAAGACAGUCUCCACGCAAUAAUAUUCUUCACUCUGCCUUGUACGAAAAAAGCCAAACAAUUUUUCGGCAACAAAUUCAGCCAGGACCUACUUCAACCGGACCAAUGUCCGGUAAUACGUUGCUGCCUAGUCGCCAUUCACCACUGAAUCUCCAGGCAAGAGGCAGACACGCAAGACUUGCUCAGUCAAGAAAUAAAAUGAACGCAACAGGCAACGAAGUUUUGUAUGAUAAACAUGACCGUUUUGUCCUGAAAGAUAGUCCAGUAAUUGAUGGUCUCCUGCGAAAAGGCUGUUUCGAGGAAGCAGAGCUAGUUCCACCUUCAAACAUUAACAAACAUCCUUCCACGAAGGAUGCAAUUUGUAGACCUGUUGAUGUCAACACGACUUCCUCAGCCAAUGGCCUUGUUUUGAAUGCAGAGAUUGAAGCAAAAGGGUUGCAGAGUCAAUCGUGCUCGCUUCCGUCUGUGCUACACAAACAGGUUAUGAAAGUGAUAUUCAGAGAAAGUUUUGAACAGAAAUAUUUGCAAGCAAAUCUUGAUGCUAAUUUCUCAGGGGCACUUGCUGAUUUCGAAAUCGGGCGCCGUUGUGGAGAUGAGUUUAGUGCCACGCGCUAUCGCCCCGAAGAGCUUUUAUUCACUUGGAAGGAAAUCGAGCUCGUUUUGCAGCAGAAUGUAGAGGAGAGCUGUAAUACUUCCUUGCUCACCGACUUGAUUGAUAUCGGGUAUCUCCAAGAGUUAUGGACAAGGAUCAAUACCUUUUCUUCCAACUCUGCUCCGUGUAAUACUUUCGAUACUCGAGAUGCCACAACAACCGCUAAAGGUAACUGUUCUGUAUCCAACGUUCUUUCAUCAACUUGUGUACUGAAACAAAACCAGAGUCAUCCUACCGAUUAUUUACAUGCAAAGAACGUAACAUCGAUACCAUGUGAUCUGAAACACAUGACAUCGAAGUUAGGUUCUUCAAAUGCAUUUUCGAGUGAAAAUAUUGAUGCCUGGGAUAAUGCAAAGCUCGAUUUCGAUGAGUUGACUUCCAGUAUGAGGAAAGCUUACAAUAAAGAAAGGGCAGAGUGUGGGAAAAAUGGCGUUUAUUUGGGACGGUAUCCGUGCCUUCGUGAUGUCUCUGUAGUUCAUGAUCAGUUGCCAUCGAUGUGCGAUGGUGCCUCACCUUUGCGUGACACUGGUAACAGCCCGGAUAUCAUCAUAAGACCUCGUCCGUAUACCCCUGUUGAUGCUGAUGAUGACAGUUAUACAAAAAGCAAGCAGGAAAUAUCGUUAUCUGACCAAGAAACUUAUAAUAGAAAGAUUGAAAGUCCGUUGAAUGUAAAUGAACUAGAGUGCAAAACAAAUAUCGAUUUGUCACCCUCUACAGAAGCAUUGGCCAGCGUGUCUUCGAAUCAAAAUAUUGAACAAUGGAGUAUUUCGUCAAACAGCAAUGACAAAGUUUGUGCUUAUGCCACAGAAACAGUUAACAACGUACUUGAUGCAAAUGGACAAACUUCUGGCUUUAUUUCUGACGAAAUUUUCACGCGAGAAUCUUCAAGGAAAGGCCUGAAAAACAAGCCAAGAACUCAACCAAAUCACUGUUUGCAUUUGUGGGAGUUCCUACUAGAUUUGCUUAACAACGACGAGUAUAGCCCAAAAUACAUAGCGUGGACUCGCAAAGACGUCGGAGAAUUCAAGCUUAUAAGAACGGAGUUUAUUGCUAAUCUGUGGGGGCAGUCAAAGAAAAGGAAGAAGAUGACGUAUGAAAAGAUGGCUAGAGCACUGAGAGAAUUGCAGUACAUCACAUUUUAUGGUUACACUAUUGCAUCAACAAUAAGCCGCAAACAAAACUUACUGUUGGUGGCUGAAAUAUUCAAUUGGUUUACCAGUUUAAAGAAAAAACUGAGCUGUUGUUACCAAACUAACACCGUAGGUGGAACCUGGAGGAACAUUCUCAAAGGAAAUUAUUAAGCUGAAAGAGUCUAGUGUAUAGGUAGAAUAUGUAUUUUAAAUUAAAGAUCUGCUCAUUGUUGAAGCUAUAUAAGAAAAUCUGCUUACUCAGAUUGUCAUUGUGUGUGACACAUCAGCUUUUACAUAUUGCACUACACACUUUUUUAUGAGAAAACCUAAUUUUUUGCUGAGCCUCUCUAUUCUUACAUUUUUAAGAUUUUGAGCCUAAGAUUAUUCUUGAAUUAUUCUCAAGUGACAUAAGGUAUAACCGGAUUGCAUUUUUGUUUUAAUGACUUCAAGGCCAGAUACGUCUAUUUCAAGCCAUAGAGCGUGAAAAUCGCAUUCGAUUUGGUUUUGUGAUGAAGCGACUUGAAUCCAGCAAUACAAUCUACAAAAAGAGAAUACCAAAAAGAAACACAAUAAACAUAGUUUUCCUUCUUCAACAACCCACUUCUCGUUAACUUCUAUUACGUCUUUCUUACAAACUUUAUCGAUCACUUCUUCUUUCUCAAAACUCUUCUACAUUCACACCUCUCCUGUUUCUUUUAUUCCGUUUCUCUGUUUCUCUGGUUACAAGUGACUUAAAAACUAAGUUCCUGUUCUCUCACAUCUCCACCCUUUCCAAAAAAACUCAAAUAAACAAGAAAUUCAAUUCUUGAAGAAACUUGAGCCUUGUAUUAUUCUUAAAUUAUUUUUAAGUUUCAGCAAUUUUGAGUAUUAAUGUUCUUACAGUUUUUAUAGCAUUAAGAAUA